AUGUCUUCGCUAAAUGAUGUCAGUAUGGAAGAAAUACCGCUGGAAGAUGAUGAGCGAGACAGCAUAGAAUACAAGAUCCUAAUGGCCUACGCCCAGCGGCGGUUGUCUGUCAGUAAAUAUUGGAAACUUCUGAAAAAUGAGGCUAAUGUGCAGAAAUCAGCAUCCCUAAUGAAGAGAAGAACAAAGAUUGACCAUCAAAAGGAUAAAGAUGGAUCAGUCCGAAGAGUAGUCUAUCAAGGUGCCAGGACACAACAGGACAGCAAAAAGCAACCAAAAAGAAGACACUUGCCAGGAUAUUGUCUACCUUUACUCUGCACCAGAGCAGAGCAGAGCGAGCCACCAGUGCUGCCAUCGCGCCAAGGUGGCACGGCAGGUUACUCCAUUUCCAAGGCACAAUUUGAGAUCCGUCCACAAGGAUAUUCUCAGCAUCAGAGAAGUGAAACAGCAGAUGUCAACCACAUUGCAGACAAACUUGCCAAGCUUGUUACUUCCAGAUCCCAGCAAUCUGCUUCAGAUGUGUCAUUCAGGACACUGUAUCAUGCCCCGUGUGAGGAACAAGACGAUAGCGAUCCUACUGAUGCAACUGAGGGCGAGGAAUACGACGAAGAAAAGAUAAUACAAACAAUAGUUUCACUGUUAAGACAAUCAGGGGACAAACUUGAAGAAAAGAUCAAAAAGGACAGGGUUUUAUAUCAGCAUUUUAAAGACAUGCUGUCCUAUACCUUCUUCAAGAGGAUCACUGAUUUGUUCCUGAAGGAUGUCUCAGCAGAUUCAACAAGUAAGCCAGGAAGCCAAGUACAAUGCAGGAAAGUUGCCUUUACAAUGGAAGUCGCCACCAGACUUACCGCUGUGGACAACCAUCCUAUGAACCUGGUCUUGGGCUUCGGAUUAAAGUACCUCAGAGAACACUUCAAGCCGUGGAUUCAGGACCAGGGUGGCUGGGAGAAGGCUUUGACUUCACUGGAUGAGGAAGAAGUAGAGUAA